ACGUCAGGUUAAACUCCACCAAAUGCGUGUUCGGAUCGCAAUCGGUAAAAUUUUUAGGGUUCAAUUUAUCUGGAGACGGAUGGCGAGUUGAAGACGAUAAAAGGAAAGCAGUGGAAAAUUUUCGAAGACCGGAGUCGUUGUUCGAGGUAAAAAGUUUUUUGGGCUUGGUUAACUUCAUCGAGCGCUUUAUCCACAAACGUGCCGAAAAGACUGCAAACCUUAGAGCACUCGCAAAGUCAGACACCUUCUGGACAACACAGGAGGAACAAGAAUUCGAAUACUUAAAGACAAGAGCAUUAAACUCUAUUGUCAGGCUCGGAUAUUUUGACCAUAAAGAUCGUACGGAACCAUAUGUCGAUGCGUCUCCGACCGGGUUAGGUGCAGUUCUCGUACAAUACAACGAAGAAGGUAGUCCGCGUGUAAUAUCGUGUGCGUCUAAGUCCCUUACCCAAUCGGAACAAAAGUAUCCUCAAACACAAAAAGAAGCAAUAGCGAUCGUUUGGAGUGUUGAGCGAUUUUCAUAUUACCUGAUAAACAAAUAUUUCAAAGUAAGGACUGAUUCAGAAGCCGACGAAUUUAUUUUUGGCGGGUCUCAUCGCACUGGUAGACGAGCUAUGACAAGGGCAGAAGCAUGGGCUUUACGUUUACUACCGUAUCACUUCGGCAUCGAGAGAGUUCCUGGUAAUAUGAAUGUCGCCGAUGUUUUAUCCCGACUAAUUUGCAAGUCACAGGUUGACGAUGCUUUCGACGAGGACAACGAAAAGCACAUAUUGUAUUCUUUGGAUGCGGGAGACAUGUCUAUUUCGUGGACGGAAAUACAGACAGCCUCGGAGACAGACGAAGAACUGGAAGCAGUAAGAGCAAUUAAAGCAGCUCAUCGGGGUCACGUUGGUUGCGAAGCUACCAAACGAAUUUUACGGGAGUUUUUCUGGUGGCCGAAUAUGGCAAAACAAGCAGCUCUAUUCGUAUCUAAUUGCGAAAUAUGCCUGGUUAUAUCUAAAAGGAAUCCUCCUAUACCUCUUUCCAGUAGACAACUUCCAGAUGGACCAUGGGAAAUUUUACAAAUUGACUUUUUGUCCUUACGUGGCUACGGAUCCGGUGAAUUUCUCUUAACCGUAGACACCUACUCCCCUUAUUUACAUGUUUCUGAAAUGAAACAAACUGAUGCCAGAAGUACUAAUGCCGCCCUUUGUAGAGUAUUUUCAGUUUGGGGGCUACCUCUCAUCAUACAGAGCGACAACGGACCUCCUUUCCAGGGAUCAGAAUUCAUCGAAUAUUGGGAAAGUAAAUGAGUGAAAGUCCGAAAAUCGAUCCCUUUAAGCGCGCAAUCCAACGGAGCCAUCGAAAGGCAAAACAAAGGAGUUAUUAAAGCCUUGGCAGCGGCAAAACAAGAAAGUAGGCCCUGGAGAAUGGCGUUAGAUGAGUACAUCCACGCUCACAACACACGGAAGCACCAUUCACGGUUAGGAGUGACGCCGUUCGAGCUGUUAGUCGGUUGGCGAUAUAGAGGAACAUUUCCGUGUUUAUGGAACUGGAAAAACAAAUUAGACAGAAAUACGGUCCGAGAAAAUGAUGCGUUUUCAAAACUGGUUAGCAAGCAGUUUGCUGAUAGUCGUCGAGGAGCGAAGGAAAGUAACAUAAUGGUAGGCGAUAUCGUAUUGACUACUGUUUUACAAAGAUCUAAGACAGAUCCUACUUUUUCGAAGGAGAGGUUCACAGUGUUAGCAAGGGAGGGAGCAAAAGCCGUUUUAAUUAAUGGGAAAGGUGAGAAGUUAACUAGAAACAUACAAGAUGUAAAAAGGGUCCCCAAUGGGGCAACAGAACAAUCAAUUGAGGAGGAAUAAGUAGACCAAAUUGAAACUACAGAAAUCGAUUAUAGCGAGAGUGAUCAUUUAAAAAGACCCAAAAGAAUCGUACAAGUCCCUAACAAAUACAAAGACUCAAUUAUGUAUCAUAUUUGCUACCAAGAGUAGGGGUGAUGGAAGAUGUAGGGAUCAAGAGUGAGAGACAGAAGUUUUGUGAAAUCAGUGAGAGCGAAAAAUAUUGAAACAUGCAAAAAUGAGGAUGAGAGAGGAGAGAUUGGACGAAAGCAGAGAUUGAGAUGGAGAAGGCGCGCGGAAAAGGAGACGGACGUCUACCGGUAGCUAGCGGUAGCUGGGAUCAAGAGAGAGUGAACUCCGAGAGUGAAUCGAGAGAGAGAGUGUGAGAGAGAGAGAGAUCGUGAGAUCAGGGAGAGAAGACAAGUCAGGCGACAGGGAGAAAUAAAGGAGCCUCGGGUCAGUCUUGUGGUUGAUCGCAACGAGAUCGGUUGAGCGUGAAACAAAAAAAAAAAAGAAAUUAAAUAAAAAAAGUUUAAAUAAUAUUUAAAAUGUGUGACGAUUACGACAGUUAC